UUUUUAAAAUGGCAUCAGUUAUUGGGUUGGUGACUUAUACUAGGUAAGCAAUUUCCCAUAGGUGGGAACAGUAAAACUCUGUCCACUGCCCUCUGCUUAAACCCCAGAAAAUUCCUCCGGACACGUCCAACAAAACCCCAGUUAAACCCCAAAAUCAUGCGCCACCUUCUAACGGCCGUCCGGCGUCGCCACCCUUUUAUCGGCACAUUCCUCCUUGUACGCCAAUAUAAACCGUCAAAACAACCGACCCCAUCCGCCCCACCAAAACCUCCAAAACCGCCGCAGAAACCUAAAUCCUUCACAUUCCAUGACGCCACAUGGGAGGACCCAUACAGCUGGAUAUCAAACUUGAAUGACAAGGUGGCGAUGCGCCACAUGGACGUGUACAUGGAGCAAGAGGAGAAGUAUACAGAGGCCGUAAUGUCUGAUACUGAGAAGCUACAAAGUAAGCUCCAGUCUGAAAUGGCCUCCAGGAUGCAAUUUCACCUCUCCACCCCUCCCAUUCGCUGGGGCCCAUGGUUAUACUAUCGAAGAGUUGAAGAAGGAAAGCAGUAUCCUGUGCUAUGUCGGAGAUUGUUAAGCUUAAAUGAGGAAUUCAUUUCUAAUAAAUCUCCUUUUGGUGGAUUUGAUUUUACUUCUGGGAAAAGAAUUGAGCAGAAGCUGCUUGAUUACAAUCAAGAAGCAGAGAGAUUUGGAGGCUAUGCUUAUGAAGAAUUAUCAGAAGUGUCACCUGAUCAUCGGUUUCUUGCAUAUACUAUGUAUGACAAGGACAAUGACUGGUUUAGGUUAUCUGUUAGGAAUCUCAAUUCUUGUGCACUGUGUAGUAAGCCUCAAGCAGAUAGGGUUUCGAAUUUGGCUUGGGCCAAGGAUGGCCAGGCAUUGAUUUAUGUUGUUACUGAUCAGUAUAAAAGGCCUUGCCGGAUAUAUUGUAGCAUGAUUGGAUCGACUGAUGAAGAUGUUUUGCUUUUAGAUGAACCCAACGAUGAUGUUUUCGUUAACAUAAGAAACACAAAGGACUUUCAGUUUAUAACUGUCAAUACCUUUUCUACCACAUCUUCAAAGGUCUUUCUGAUAAAUGCAGCUGAUCCUUUGUCCGGUAUGACAUUAGUGUGGGAGUGUGAAGGUCAGGCCCACUGUAUAAUUGAACAUCAUCAGGGGUAUCUUUAUUUAUUUACUGAUGCUGCAAAGGAGGGCCAGUUGGUUGAUCAUCACUAUCUUCUGUGUAGUCCUGUCAGCAGUUCUUCCAGUUCAAGAAUAUGGGAGAGUGUAUUCAAUGAUGACCAAGAUUUGAUUGUUGAGGAUGUUGAUUUCUGUGAUACACACUUGGUACUAAUCAUGAGGGAAGGUUGGAACUUUAGGCUUUGUUCAGUUCCUCUGCCUUUGCCUGCUGGGAAGAAAGGUUUUAAUCUGGAACAGCUUAGUCCCAGAUUCCUUCCUCUUCCAAGAUAUGUUUCUCAAAUUUCACCAGGACCAAAUUAUGACUACCAUUCAUCAAUGAUGCGCUUUACAAUAUCAUCACCUGUGAUGCCAGAUGCUGUUGUUGAUUAUGACCUAUCAAAUGGGAAAUGGAACAUCAUUCAACAACAAAAUAUGCUUUACGAAAGAACAAGAAUUCUGUAUGGUGCAGCCUCUUCUGUGAACAUCACAGAUAGCCCCUUGAAGGGUCAAAACUAUGGCUCUUCCAAUGAAGUGAAAUCUCAAGAUGAUAACUUGUGGCAUGACCUCUCUGAGUUUUAUGCAUGUGAACAUCAUAACGUUUCUUCAUAUGAUGGGGUUUUGGUUCCUCUAACUGUUGUAUACUCACACAAAAAUAAAUAUGGAAAUCAAAAUCCUGGGUUACUUCACGGGCAUGGAGCUUAUGGUGAGUUACUCGAUAAACGAUGGCGUGGUGAGUUGAAAAGCCUUCUUGAUCGUGGUUGGGUUAUUGCAUAUGCCGAUGUCAGAGGAGGAGGUGGUCAGGGUAAGAAGUGGCAUCAUGAUGGCAGACGCAGGAAUAAACUUAAUUCCAUCAAAGAUUAUAUAUCCUGUGCCAAAUUCCUAACUGAAAAUAAAAUUGUGGAAGAAAAAAAGCUUGCUGGAUGGGGAUAUAGUGCUGGAGGACUUUUGGUUGCUGCAGCCAUCAAUUGUUGCCCGGAUUCAUUUCGUGCUGCAGUUUUGAAGGUCCCUUUUCUAGAUCCAACCAACACUCUUCUCUAUCCCAUUUUACCGCUUACAGCAGCUGAUUUCGGAGAGUUUGGAUACCCUGGGGAUAUUGAUGAUUUUCAUGCGAUACUGGAAUAUUCUCCCUAUGACAAUAUUCAGAAGGAUGCUGUUUAUCCUGCUAUAUUGAUAACCUCAUCUUUUAACACACGAUUUGGGGUUUGGGAAGCCGCAAAAUGGGUUGCCCGAGUUCGUGAACACACUAUUUAUGAAACCAACCGUCCAGUACUCCUUAAUUUAACAACAGAAAUUGUGGAGGAAAACAGAUAUUUGCAUUGCAAGGAGUCAGCAAUGGAAACUGCAUUUCUUAUCAAGAUGAUCGAAUCAUGAGUUUGAUUUUAUUACAUUGCGCUCCAUAAUCCGUCCUUGAAUCUGUUUUUUGAUCUUUUAUGACAAGUAGCAGAAAAGGCUGUCUUCAAGAUCUGAUGCACCUUGGUUGCCAAGCAGGUUUUUCCCACUUAAAACAUUACUUGGUGGUUAUAGCAUUUCAUGAAUUAUGAAAUCUGCUUGAUGAGGACAUAUCGCUGAUCUGUCCCAUUUAGCUGGUUCAACUUGCCAAAGCAGCCAAUAGAAUUAGGACAGAAAAACUUUACACUGUUCACCAAAUGUUGGUUAUUUGUUGCUUUGCCAUAUUGAUAUUGCAAGUUAAUUAUUGUAUAUACAUAUGUCUAUCUGAUAUGCUCAUUAUAAAAUUUUGAAAUGGAAGAAAACCUUUUGAUAAUAGCUUUUAAAA